AUCCAAGCCUCGCCUGGUUCUAGAAUUCCGGAUUCUGUCAACCUACAGGUUCUACCAAUGACGGCUGGCGUUCGAUGUACCAGAUCUCUAUUACGAUCUACAGUCAACCAUGGUAUUUCCGCGACUCACCUCGUUCAUUGAAUCCCCUUCCUGAAAACAGUAUGGUACAUGUGACAAGUAGUCCCAUGUGUAAUAUGUCUAUGACACAACAACUAUGCAGAAUGUUCGAGCUGGAAACAGCUACAUAUACCAUGGACAUCUGCUUUACUUCUGGCACUGUGAAGGAAGAAGUGAUAAACUGGCAAAGAUUCAUCAAACGCAGUUUACUCCUCGUCGCCCGUACUCAAUAUCUGCUUCAUAUUACCCACAGUCCAAUAUAUGCUUUCCGUGUAGCUCCUACAAUGGGAGACCCUGCCACUCAUAGCAUUAUGUCGGGUACCUCGAGCGCGUCGAGUACAUCGACUGAAACCCGAAAAUGGGCAAACAACAAGCGAAUCAUCCUCUGUGCAGACGGAACGUGGAUCGCAUCUGACCGGGGGGACAAGUCGUAUCCAUCAAAUGUCGCCAAGCUCGCUCGAGCGAUCGCAACAACAGGGCGCGAGAGAGACCCCGAGACUGGAAGCGAAACAGAGCUGAAGCAGGUUGUGUUUUAUCAAUCAGGCCUUGGAAGCGGCCCUUGGCCAUUGCAGAGAUAUCUCGCUGGGGGCUUCGGCUGGGGUCUUGACGACAAUGUGUGUCAGAUGUAUGAUUUCAUAUCCAAUAAUUACGACGAGGGGGAUGAGCUGUUCUUCUUCGGCUUCUCGAGAGGCGCGUUCACCGUGCGCUCCGUUGCUGGCCUCGUCAGCGAUGUGGGAGUGCUUUCUGCAGACCAAAUGUCGAAUUUUCCAGGUCUUUGGGCAGCCUACCGCAGCGGAACGCCCUUCAAGGACACAGGCUGGUACAAGGAGCACGGGGAUGAAUUGCAAAAGGAGAAAGUCCCUAUCAAGGUAGUUGGAGUUUGGGACACUGUCGGAGCACUAGGAAUUCCCGAGUGGUUCAUAGUGAGGCUUCUAAGAGGAGUCGGCAUUCCAAUCAACAAGGCGUACGAAUUUCACAACACAAGGUUGUCGGAGAACAUCGAAUACGCCUUUCAAGCUCUCGCCCUUGAUGAAAGGCGACUCUCCUUCCCUCCCGCCCUCUGGUUUAAGCCUGAUGGUGGUGGACCCAGCAAAGCUCUGCGCCAAUGCUGGUUUCCCGGAAUCCAUGGGAAUAUCGGUGGCUCCAAGGAAGAGCCAAUUGGUGCGAACACCUUUGCAUGGAUGGUCGACAAUCUCGAGGACAUGCUUACCUUUGAGAAGAGCACAAUCGACAACUUCGUGGCGGAAUACAACAGUGUCCGCGGUAGUAUGAGUGGAGUCCCCUGGGGCUGCUGGCCAAUUGAUAGUAGCGGGGGUCUAUUGGGAAUCCUUGGGAAGAGGGACCGCACCCCAGGUAAAUACAAGGAUCCUGCCGGGAACGGACAGAACGAGGAAAUAAGCGCUUCUAAGACCUGUGAGACCUUCCAUCCAAUGGUGCGGAAGCGCAACGACCAGCUUGACAAAUGGCGGCCGAAAUCACUAGAGGGGUUCGUCAGGCCUCAAGGCGCCGAGACAGAAUGGAAGUUCACGGGGCCUAACAGCAAAUUCAUACCGGAGGACGAUGUGUUGGUCGUUACCGGGAAGAAAAUGAUGGUUGUUGCGGCCCCGGACGGUAAGACUGUGAAUUAUGAAGAUCAUGAGAGCCUGUCAACAAAACUCUAUCAAGAGCCGCAGGGCACUACUGUUGCUGGUUCAUCAAGCGUACCCAAGAGGUGAGGUAUGAUUGGCGUGCCAUUGGCCGAUGCGAAAUCAAAAGUUGUUAGCUACUACUUAGUCGGAAUGCAAUGUAUUACUAGG